AUGGGCAUACCCUUCGAGAAUCUUGUGCGAAAUGUCCAAAGCAAAUUGCAUAUUCUCUUUCUCAAAAAGGCAGACAACAAUCCGGGAAGAUCAGCGAUGGUAGAGGCAGCCAAGAUACCAUGGUCUUGGGUCGCCAUCAACAUUGCCAAAGUGCUUUCCGAGUAUCCGACCGGAUUGACAGAUGCAGUGCUCUUAUCCAUGCUGGAAUUGAUGUGGGAAAAGACAUUUAUUCAACGAUUCAAAGGCUUUGACAAGAUUACAGACGAGGCAAAGAAUCGUGAAUUAGACAUUUAUAUGCAUCCCAGAUUCAAUGAUUGGAUUGCUUAUUCAAACGAUAACCGCCAGUUCUUUGCAGAUCGAAAAAUCAGAAUCAUCUGUCCGCCAAAAGCCAAUGCACCCAUUCUCGCCAAACACAAGGAUACCAAGAUAGCAAGAAGAUAUCGAGUAGCACUAAUACCCCCUACUGAGCUGCUAUUGAUCAUGCUGGACCGAACCGACAAGGCAUUUGUAUUACGAGAGUUUCCUGAUCGCAUUCGAGACAUUAGCGCAAAAUCCAACUAUCGAUUUUGGCUCAAAAUCAUCCAUGUUGAGGUGUUUGUACAUAUCACCCCUACACCCAAUCUAGACCCUACAGAAGAAGCCAAGUCUCAACGAACAGACAUCUUUCUGGUGGACAUGAGCAGUGAUUGUGUCCCUGUCGUUCUGUCAUUGUAUGAUAAACAAACGAAAUUAGCAUCGAUCUUUCGAAGAAACGACUACAUUGGAUUACAUCAGCCUGUUCUCAAGCAAAGCACCGGAUCACAAGAAUUUGUGUUUGAGUAUGCCAUUGAUACAACUAUUUUUCUGAUGCCUGAAAAAGAAGCACAGGAGGCCUCUCUAGCAAAGGUCAAUCUUACAACUUUGGCUAGUCAAGAUGAUGCCUUUUCGUAUACAGAUCCUAAAAAAGACAUUGCGGAACGUGAUGAAGAGGGUUUCAUGGAUUGCUCAAACUACACGCAGCGCAUCUACCUUCAAGAUCUGUCUCAUCGUAUGCUUAAUGUAACCCUGCUGGGGAAGGUUGUUGGUUUAGCAAAUAAUAAUCCUUUUAUUAAACAAAAAGAUGGUGGAACAAGUCAGAAAAUGGAUAGAUAUGCCGUUCGCUUAACGGACUCAACAGAUACGAUGGACAUCACACUAUGGGAGGAAGCGGGCCAUGAUUCUCGCCGAUUGCGUGUAGGGCAGUACGUACUACUGGAUCACCUCGUUACCUCUGACAGACAUCAGUCCAAGACAAACAACAAGAUGAUUUGGUAUAUCAAUGGCAGUGUUGUAUGCGGCACUAAAAUCUACAACAGUAAGUAUCAUUGCAACCACGGCUGGGUCAGCACUAAUGGCAUGACAGUAUCCACCUUGAGCUGCUUGAUCACAAGCUCAAGCUUUCGUUCCACUAUUCCGUUAUGGCAUGCUAAAGAGAACAAGAUGGAUCACUUUCAGGCAGAAGGCAUGAUAGUGGGUUGGGAGCUAUUUCUGAAUUCAGGGCAGAAAGGGCAAUCUGUACUCAGCAAUACAUGCUCUCAGUCCACCGAAAUCGACUUUUUAGACUACUCAUUAAGUGAUCGUAUCACCACCUCUGCUCACGCAAGAUGUUUACUACCACGAAAUGGAAAUGAUUGUGAAUUUUGCGGUUGUCAAAUUGGAAAUGAAGUUACACACAUCUUUAGACCUAAACCAGCUGUGGCAGAUGCUGCACCAAACAACAGCAGCACAAGCAGUAGCAGCAGCAGCAGCAGCAGCAAUGUACAUCAGCGUGGCUGGGAAGGUUGGCUUCAAUGGACUCUUGAUGAUGGCACUAGUGUAUGUAGCAUAUAUGGAGGAGAGGAGACAAUAUUGAAUGUUACAGCCUCUCAUUUCAAAAGCAUGUCGCACCAAUCCCAAAUCCAGCUGUUGAAUAGUGUGUUAGGCACUCAAAUCCUCUGCUCUCUUAGUGGAAAUGGUACAUCAACUUACAGAUUGGAGCAAAUGACCCUAUUCGAACCAACUGAACAGGAGUGCAGGUUCCUUUUAGAAGCACUGUCUAAAAAGUGA